AUGGAAGAAAAUAAAACAGGAACAGAUAAGGUAGCUUUGAAACUUGAGGAAAUGAAGAAGGGCCUGGCAGAGUGUGCGGUUCCCCGCAGUCUUCUUGAAAAUCCGUACGAGAUUGCCGAGUUUCUUACACAGAAGAUGGUUGGCUAUGCGCGCGCAGACAGCCUGAGCCUCACCGAAAAUGAGCUGACUUUUGCGCUAGAGCAGACAAACCGCCUUUUGUUUGAUGAAGUUCUAGAGAUGGCGCACGCCAUGCCCGGCAGCCGCCCGGGGAAGGAGAGCAUAUUUCAGUACAUAGAGCGGCACAUUGAGGAAAUAUACUGUGUGGCUAGGCAAGAAGCCUCUGACAAAAAAGCCAGAACGUGCACAACGCAGACAUCCCAGAUGGCCUGGAUAGAGGCGCACACCAAGGAAGCCGAGGAGCAGAUUCGGGAAGAGGCGCCGGGGAUUCUUGUAAGCAAGAUGUCUGUGCUGAUUGCCGAUGCAGAGCUGAAGGCUCUUCUGGCGUAUAAGCGCCUGCAGAAAGAGCAUGGUCUGAUAGACACCGAAAGCGAGCGCGAAAGCAAAGCAGACAUCGAGGUUGUGGGGGGUUUUCUGAGCGUUUUUCUUCAGGAGCUGGGCGAGCUCAUUGCAGAGCGCAAAAAGCAGAGGUCGCGCAAGAAAAAGUGUGCAAGCGGUAGAAACAUGUGCCAGGGGGGCUAUGAAGCCCGCGCUGGCGUGUCUAGGAGAAAAGAGGCAUGCUGGAUAGGCCAGCUGGCCGCGGGGGAGAAGCCUGUGUGCGAAUUUCGGACGCGGCUUGAAGAGAUAGGCGCCGAGAUGGGUGCGUGCAUAGAAGAGAGAGCCCGGGUCUUUUCGGAUGUAGAGGCCGAGCGCGCUGAGCUGGAAGAGCUGGAGGCCGAGCGGAAAGAGCAAAACGAGCUGGAAAAGGACGAGAGCGUGCGGAUAGCAAGUCUGCUGAAAAUGCUGCAGAGAGAGAGCGCCCGUGUGCAGGAGCGAAAGGCCGGCAUAAAACUAGGGUACGCGGGCCUGGAAAGCGCCCGGGGGCGCAAAGGGCAAGCCAGGCAGGAGAGUGUGGCCGCGCAGGUGCACCAAGAGGUUCUGCAGAAGCAAGAAAAAGAGAUGCUGCAGAGGCAUUGGCAGGCGCAGGAGCUGGUUGUGCGGAUUCAGCGCGAGCGGCAGAAAAGACGGGACGAGGAUCAGAGGAAGAUAGACCAUCAGAGGGAAGCGCUGCAUGAGCAGGAAAGCGCUGCCUGUGCGAGAGCUGCUGUUCUGGAGCAGAGAAUGCAGGCACUGGCAGAGGAGAGAAAGCACGCUAUGGAUCCUCAGGACCGAAGGCGCGAGGAGAACCUAAACGAGCUUAGAGAGAGCGCGCGGCUUUCCAGAAUGAUAAAAAGCCAUCAGCUUCGCGUGGAAAAAGCGGGCGCGUGGAAGGGCAUGCUCUUGGGAAUCGGCCUAGAGCAAGCAGCACAAGAAAGCCAGGAGGCGCUGGGCCGGCUGAUAGAAGAAAAGCAGCGCGUUGACACGAAAAUAAAGGCGUACGAAAGAAGGGAGCUGAUUGUGGCAGAGGUUGCGCGCCUUCGAGACGACAAGGAAGCGCUGGGCAAAGUUGUCCAGGUGCACAUAAAGACCAUUGAAUGCCUGGGCCUGCACAUACAGCAGGCAAAGAAAAGAAGUGCGCGCGCCAAGCGGCUUUCGGACGAAAGGCUGGCUGUUCAAGACGCACUGGCGCGCCUGCAGAAGAAAAUGCAGCAUGUCUGCUGCCUGCUGGCAAGCGCAGAACAGGCCCUCAUGGCAAGCGGGGUAUAG